ACGUGUGAGGUUGCCGUCCUGUUGGACUAUUUUCGUUUCGUUCCGGGUGACUUGUAUGCGUUUACACAGUUUGUUUAGAUAAAAACGGGAAAUAAACUAGGAAACUAAGCUACGCAAAGUAAUAAGGCAUCGUGAAGUUUUUUUAAUAGAAACGGAAGUGAAAACAAUAAUCUAAAAUGGCUCUAAUGACUAUGAUAGCUAGAGUCGUCGACGGACUUCCACUAGUUGGAACAAUGCAAGAAGAUGAACAGGUAACUCGUCGCUACUCGGGCAGAAGUGUGUUAGAAUAUCAAAAUCAGGCCAAGCUUCUAUUUCGAAAGCUUAGUCCUAAUUCACCAAAUCGUUCCAGCAUAGAAACUGGUCCUUACUUAUUUCACUAUUUAAUUGAAAAUGAUGUUUGCUAUCUGGUCAUGUGCGAUAAAAUGUUUUCGAAGCGAAAUGCCUUUAAUUAUUUGGAAGACAUCGCUCAAGAAUUUCACAACAACUACGGACGCAGGGUUAAUUCCGUAACAAGACCUUAUGCUUUUAUAGAAUUCGACAUAUACAUUCAGAAAGCAAAGAAAUCUUUGACAGAUCGACGGAGAAAUAUCAAUACUAUCAACACUCAGCUUCAAGACGUUCAAAGGAUUAUGGUCCAAAAUAUCGAUGAUGUUUUGCAACGUGGUACGGUUUUAUCAGAACUGGACACCAAAACACAAAAUCUUUCCAUGCUUUCCCAAAAAUAUAAGAAGGAUGCGACGUAUUUAAACCGGAAAUCACUUUAUGUAAAAGGAGCAGUGGCUGGUAUCGUGCUAGUUGUGUUUGUUCUAUACUUUUGGGUUAUUUAAUAACAUCUGAUUGCUUUAUGUAAAGACAUCGUGUUUAUCGUGUGUAUUCAUAUUAAGGAAAUAUUAAACUAAUGGGUUACGUUACGGAUGAAGAAAGGACAACACUUGUUAUAUAUAUUUCCAACCAUGAUGAUGGCUAAACUGUGGAUUUGAUGUAUUUCUUCGUCUCUUUCAUUACAUACACUUUGUUAAAUAGCAAAUCAGUCGUUAUAAACACUACGUUUUUUAUUAUUCAA